UCUCGUAUACGAACACGAGGUAAAACGUUUUUCAUUUUUGCUUCUGAUUCCGUACAGUCCCAUGAGUCAUACCAGUUUAACGCAUCGGUACUUUAGGUACGUAAAAUGGCUAAUGAUCGUUGCCGGUAUAUGGAGAAUUGAGAUCGAACAAUUUUCGCCACCAAAAAAAAAGUUGUACUAUUUCUAUACCAUUUUGAUUCAGAUGGUUUUUUCCUCGCCGUUGGUCUCCUACGUGUUCAAUGUGCCUACGUUGAUAAAAACGGAUAUGCCAGCAGCAAUGAGUACUAUGGGUUUAAUUACAUUCUAUGGGGUGAUUCUCACCAAAAUGUUCAUGUGCCAGUCGAAACCGAUCAUCAGACUGCUCCAGCUGGCCUUGCAGUCGGAAUAUCAACCCGGACGAAAAAUUAACAGAGAAAUAAAAGCGAUAUACGAGUGGCACACGAGAUUUGAUAAUCACGUCGUGUCGAUCCUUUUCUUUGGUGGCGUAUUCGUAGGAAUAUGCAUCGACGUAUUUGGUGAUAUCAACUGCUAUAUCUAUUUUAAGCAACAUAACGGUACAAAUCUAACAGACAAGCUCGUACCUCUUAAUUACUGGUACCCAUUCGACAAGAACAAACAUUAUGUUUUGGUUCUACUAGACCAAAAUGUUCGUGCCAUACUAGGUUGUUUAGUGACGGCUAUAGUGAAUGCAUUUAUCAACUGCAUAUUCAUUUAUGUGAGACUCCAGCUGGCAUUGCUGCAGUACAAUUUUAGAAACUUCGGCCAACUGGAUAACUCAGAAGGUUCGAAUAUCCUCAAGAGGUUGUGUGCUAAGCAUCAACAACUUAUCCGAUAUGUCGAAGACUUGAGUGAAUCCUUCAAAACUAUUAUAUUUUUGGAGUACAUGGUUUCAUCUCUUUCCCUGGCAUCACAAAUUCUACAAAUUACCCUGGGCAUCCGACCGUUUUUUGCAAUUAUAUUGUUGAUUUACACGGUCAUACAACUGCUUAUAUUCGCAUGGACUUCCAACGAGAUUAUAAUUCAGAGUUUGGAAUUAUCCGGGGCCCUCUUCGAAAGCGACUGGUACAAGCACCACCCUAAAACUAAAGUUGAUGUACACGUAAUAAUGAUGAGAUGCCAAAAACCGCUAGGCCUAAAGGUUGGCCACUUUGGAGUUAUGGAUUUGAAUGUUGGACUAUCGAGACUCAAAUUAGCCUAUUCGUAUGCGUCGCUUAUGACCAACGGAGAUUGACGUAGCAAAUGUUUAUGCAUACAUUAAACUGUAUUAACUGGAA